AUGUUUAGCGACGCUGAAGAUGAAGCGUCCGAUGAGGAAGAGGACGGAGCAGAUGAAUCUGACAGUUCCGAGGAGGAGGACGGUGACGCUGUAGACGACCUUGAUGGUCUUGACGAUGAUGACGGCAGUGACGAAGGUGCUGGCUUCGACCUGGAUGAGGAGGAGGGGGGCGACGAGGAUGAAAAUGGGAUAGAUACCGUAUAUCUGCAACAUUUCCAGCUAGAUUCUAACGUCAGCGCCUCAGAGGUCGCAUCUAGCAGGGUGGCCGAUGGUGACGAAGAGGAAGCACCCGCUAUAGAUGAUGGCGGUUCCUCAGCGGUAGCGGGGAACCAAGCGGCACCACAGGGUCGUUACAUACCACCAGCUCUUCGCAAAGCGAUGGAGGCAUCUGCAGCGCAAGCGAACGCAGGAGCAGAUUCAUUGGACGAUCCUGCUACGGCUGGCCUUCGCCGGCAGCUCAAAGGUCUUUUGAAUCGGAUGGGUGAAGGCAACCUUGAGACGAUCCUCACUCAGCUCGAAGGGAUCUACCGCUUCAAUAGUCGGGCCAUCGUCUCAGAGACGCUCACGCGCCUCAUCCUCGACACGAUCACCGCCAGCACCAACUUGGCAGACACGUUUGUCGUACUGUACGCCGCCCUCAUCGCCAGCCUGCACAAGGUCAUCGGCGUCGAAUUUGCCGCAGGGUUCGUGCAGACGCUCGUCGAUGAGCUGCUGUUGAACUACGACGCCGCCGGCAGAGCGCUCGAUCCAUACGAUGACCCGCAGAGCAAGAAGGCGCUCAACUUGACCAGCUUGCUGUGCGAGUUGUACAACUUACAGGUGGUCGCCUGCCCGCUCGUCUAUGACCUCAUUCGCCAUUUCGCGGGUGCACACACCAAUAGCAAUAAACGCGCCGCCGGGGGGAUUACAGAGCUUAGCGUCGAGUUGCUGCUGAAGAUCGUCAAGAUAUGUGGCGCGCAGUUGCGCCAUGACGACCCAACGUCGCUGCGCGAUAUCGUUGAUUUGAUCCAGCAGUCUGCAACUGGCACUGCCAACAAGCUUAGUGCUCCUUCCACUGCCGAGCAAAGUAUGUCCUCGCGUAGCCGAUUCAUGCUUGAGCGCUUGGCAGACCUCAAGAACGCGAAAGGCUCCGCGUCCAAGUCAGCAGCUGCGAACAAUAGCGCAGCGACCGAGAGCUUGAACCGGAUGAAGAAGUUCCUCGCUGGCCUCGGCAAAAAGCGCACAUUGAGAGCACAUGACCUGUUGCGCGUCACCCUGCGUGACUUGCUCGAUGCGGAGCGCAAAGGAAAAUGGUGGCUCGUUGGCGCUGCUUGGACCGGCCAUGGAGACCAGGAAAAAGACCAGGCGACAGGGGUCACGGCAGCUCGCCCGCUCUCGGGUAGCAGCGUAACUGCCGUAGUCAAAGAGCGGGGCGACAGCGAAGCCACUGAGACCGAGCGAACGCGGCAGAAGCUCUUGGGGUACGCGCGGACGCACGGCAUGAGCACAGAAACGCGGCGCAGCAUCUUCCUCGUGAUUAUGACCAGCGAGGAUUUCGUUGAUGCAGCGCAGAAGCUGCUCGAGCUGCGUCUCAACGAGGUGCAGCGGCGAGACAUCAUCCGUGUUCUGCUGCAAUGCCUCGACAUGGACGAAGUGUACAAUCCGUACUACGCGCUCAUCGGCUGGCGGCUUGCUACCGAUUCGCAUAGCACGCGCUUUACUAUGCAGUAUGCUCUAUGGGACUUUCUGCGGAGCAUCGGAGAGAGCGGCGUCGCGGGACGAUCGAGGGCAGAGGCGGCUGCGGAGCACGGCGCAGAUGAAGAUGGAGAGGAUGUGAGUGAAAGGAAAUUGGCUCACGUAGCCCGGGCGUACGCGUGGUGGAUUGCGAAGGAGGCACUCAGUCUUAACAUUCUCAAGACCGUGGACUUUACUUCUCUCAAACCUAAGGGCACGCUCUUUCUUCAAUUGCUGUUGGUCAAUGUCUUCCUCUCGACCCAGUCCGCUGCGCCUUCGCUCGUGACUUUUGUCAAGAGCAAGGACGCCAACUCGCAACCUGGUGCGGGGGACCGCAAGAGCCUCGAAACAUGUUUGCUCAAAGGCACAGCAGGGAAUCCGGACCUCGCUCGUGGACUGCUUUACUUUCUGCGCAAGGACUUGGGCAAACGAGAUGUCAAGCGCAUCCUCGGCAAAUCGGCUGCCAAGGCGGCUAGCCUGCGCCUGACGUGGGCUCUCGAGGUCGCCGAGGAAAUUUUGGAAGUCGGAGCCUCAAUCGAUUUGGCAAUGUAG